AUGACCUACUUGACGACCGCUGCAUUUGUAACGUACCUGAUUCCAUUUGCGAUCCUGUACUGGCGCAAUCCACGCGCAGUGGGUCAGAAUCUGAGCGAUACAUCUACGUGGUUUGAGCGGCUUGGUUUUUACCUGCCGCCCAUGUAUCCCAUUGCGCCCACACACGGCUCGAACUUUUGUGAGCGCACGAGCGACGCACAUGCGCGACCUCAGCCGCACCCGCACCCAAGCAAGCGACCUUCCUCCAUUGAUGGAAGGCGGCCGCGGAGCAAUCUGCCCAUGCGAAUCGAAGUGCACGGCUCGCCGGUAGCAGCACCUUCGCGAGGGCGGAUUUUGCACAGUGCGCGGUCCUCGGACGAGGCGCGUUUGCUCUUAGACCAUGACGCCGAGUCUGGCUAUGGCUCAGAGUCCGAUGCGGACGUGUCGACGAUUUCUGCAGCGAGCACCGUUGCUGUGCUUGCCUCGGAACUUCCGCCAUUGUCUGUGGUCGAAACGGCGCAGCUCGCAGUGCAAUUUGCGAUUGUAUGGUUUGCAGCCAACUACUCCUUUGUUGCUGCGCUGGAAUACACAAGUGUUGCGAGUGGCACAACGCUAGGGAGUACAUCUGGUUUCUUUACACUCUUGCUAGGGAGCAUUAUGGGUAUCGAGGUAUUUACUCCUGGCAAGCUCGUGUCUGUUGCAUUGAGUUUCGUCGGUGUGAUGCUUGUAACAUGGUCCGAUGGGGGCCGUUUGCAUGCCGUGGUCGCACACCAUGCGGUGCUAGGCGACUUUCUCGCCAUUUUCUCCGCGCUUUGUUAUGCCAUUUACGUGACGCUGCUCAAGGUACGGAUCGGCUCGGAAGACCGCAUUUCAAUGCCCCUUUUUCUCGGUUUGGUGGGCGCGUUUAAUCUGGUUGCCUUUUGGCCCUUGGGACUGCUUUUGCACGCCACAGGGAUCGAGCCAUUUGCGCUGCCACAGGGCGAGUUUGUCUGGGCAGGCAUUUUCUUGAAUAUGGCCGUCGCUGUCGUUUCUGAUUUUGCGUACCUGAUCGCGAUGCUCAAGUCCUCCCCACUGUUCACCACGGUGGGCUUGUCCCUUACCAUUCCCAUGGCUGCACUAGGCGACUUGACCCGCUACCAACAGUCCAUGGGCAUACAAAGCGCGCUCGGCGUCAUUUUGGUGCUACUCAGCUUUGGCGUCAUUGCGGUGGAAGAAAACCGAACGGCGUAG